AAGAGGGCAGCUGCAGGAGGAGCACUGGGAACACUGGAAUAUCACCACUUAAACCAGCGGCUGACUGCUCACACUGAACCAGAGUUUUACAGCAACAAGGACUCAAAGUGAAAGUAACUCUGAGGGAACAGGGAGUGGCUGAGCUGUCUGCCUGCUGUGUUCACAGCGUCACUCAGAGACAAAAUGGCUUCCAGAUUAGAGGACGAUCUCUGCUGCCCUGUCUGCUGUGACAUGUUUAAAGAUCCUGUCAUCCUGUCAUGUAGCCACAGCUUCUGUAAAGACUGUCUGCAGAACUGGUGGAGACAGAAACCAGCACGUGAGUGUCCAGUUUGUAAGACAGUAUCUUCAACUGCAAAACCACCGAGUAACCUGGUGUUAAAGAAGCUGUGUGAGGCCUUCUUAUUGGAGAGAGAUCAGAGAGCUUCAGAGGCUCUCUGCAGUCUGCACUCUGAGAAACUCAAACUCUUCUGUCUGGACCAUCAGCAGCCAGUGUGUGUCAUCUGCAGAGAUUCAGAAAAACACACCGACCACAGAUUCAGACCCGUCGAUGAAGCUGCACGACAACACAAGAAGGAAUUUGAGGAAACUCUAGAGCCCUUAAAGGAGAAGUUAAAGGUUUGUGAACAAGUUAAAGUGAAGUUUGAUCAAACAGCAGAACACAUGAAGGUCCAGGCCCGACGCACAGAGAGGCAGAUUAAGGAGCAGUUCAAGAAGCUUCACCAGUUUCUGGAAGAGGAAGAGGAGGCCAGGAUGGCUGCACUGAGGGAGGAAGAGGAGCAGAAGAGUCAGAUGAUGAAGGAGAAGAUGGAGGCUCUGAGCAGAGAGAUAGCAGCUCUUUCAGACACAGUCAGAGCCACAGAGGACGAGCUGAGAGCUGAAGACGUCUCAUUCCUGCUCAACUACAAGGCUGCAGUGGACAGAGUCCAGCAGCGCCCCCUGCUGGAUGAUCCACAGCUGCUCUCAGGAGCUCUGAUAGACGAGGCCAAACACCUGGGCAACCUGACCUUCAGCAUCUGGAACAAGAUGAAGGACGUGGUCUCCUACACUCCUGUGAUCCUGGACCCAAACACUGCUAAUCUGAGACUCGUCCUGUCUGAAGAUCUGACCAGUGUGAGACGAGGACAGAGGCAGCAGCUUCCUGAUAAUCCAGAGAGGUUACACUACUGCUCUGUCCUGGGCUCUGAGGGCUUUAACUCAGGGACUCACAGCUGGGACGUCGAGGUUGGAGACAAUACAUACUGGGAACUGGGUGUGUUGGCAGAGUCUGUCCAGAGGAAAGGAGACAUGUGGUCUGGAUUAUGGAGAAUUCAGUUCUUGUCCAGUGGCAAAUACAGAGCAGUCUCCCCAUCACAUCCAUCCACUGCUCUCAGAGUGCAGGAAAAGCUCCAGAGGAUCAGAGUCAAUCUGGACUGGAACAGAGGAAAACUGUCGUUCUCUGAUCCUGAUACUAACACACACAUACACACCUUCACACACACUUUCACUGAGAGGAUGUUUCCAUAUGUUAGAAGUGCGUUCAUUAACACUGUGGAAAAAGUGAAGAUUUUACCAGUGAAGCUCUCUGUGACUGUAAAACAGGAAUAGAUGACGCUGAUGAUGAGCAUCAGUCAGGUCACAUGUAUUUGAACACAUACUGAAUGAUCUCCUUUGAGGUACAUGUGACUGUAUGUGUGUUUCCAUUAGCGUUGGCUGAUACUGAAAUUCCCUUAAUGAUGAUAUUGUUUUAAGAAAAACAACAGUAUACAAAAUUAUCAUAAAAAAGGUGCAGAGAGAGAUGAACAAAGAUAUAAACAUGUAUGGUUACAGCAUAGUAUUGUGAUAUUUGUAGGGAUAUUGUUUUCAUACAGGGAUGCCAAGUGUCAAUAUUUUUUAAUGAACAUUAUUUUUGCAAUACACAUUUUAAUACAACCUUUGGUACUGAUGAUAAAAUCAAUGAUUUUUCUGAUCCACUUAAUGGUGCUGAUGGUUUUUUCCGCGCUGAGGUCAGCAGAGGUCUCAGUCAGCGGCAUUUGGCAGGAAGUGUAUCAAAACAAAGAUGGAGGCACGGGAGAAAGAUUUCAGAAAGGCGCCAUCUGCGUUUAAAUCAAAGUUCUGGACU